AUGAUUGUCUCAUUUUUACGUAUUUCUUCAAAUCCAACUGUUAUCAAAACAAAAUUCACAAAUUUUACAAGAUUAUUAAAUCCUAAAUUAGUUGUUGCAACUAUAAAUCCAUGUUACUACAGUUUAUAUCGAUUUCGAUGUCGUGUAUCUCCAAUCCAAUCUUACUACCCUAUUUUCAUGCCGGAUGCCAAAGUAAAUACUAAUUACGGCAACUUAGAUCAAUCCGUACUAAUUCUGCAAUACAAAGAUGUCAUUUGCAGAACAGACCUUUCUUUUUACAUCAACAACACAAUAUAUAUCCUCGAUGAUCACUGCGGACCAAGUUUCAUCAAUUAUAACAAUAAGAACCAUUCUGUCCUCGACAUCAAAUACAACAUUUACGAUAAAGUUAUUUUAAUUGGUCAUGAAAUAUCAAAUCAUUAUGACCAUUGGUUUACAGAAACAUUCCCAUUAUUUUUUGCUCUUCCUGAAUCUAUCAUUGAAGAUAGUUUCAUUGCAGUUCGUGACUUCAAUCAAUUCAUUUUUGACAGUUUGAAGAUAUUAGGUUUUAAUCGAAGCCAAAUCAUAUAUGGUGAAGAUCUUUACUUUUAUUCGCACAAUCUCUUUACCGUUUAUGGUAAUCCUUGUUAUUUUCCAGAUUAUUCCACACUUUUGGCAUAUCGAGAUCGACUUUGCAACAUUUUUUCACUUGACAAAUUUCCUCCUUCACGACAUGUGAUCAUGAACAGUAAAAUAGGAUCUAAACAACAUAUUUCUAAUUUCGAAGAACUUUUCAACGAAAUUUCAAAUCGAUUUCGCAAUUUCAGUUUCGAAGUUGGAAUUGUUCAUCAUCGAUUUUUAGAUUCUAUCAAGUAUUUCAACACUAUCAAGUUACUUGUCAGUGUUCACAAUUCGUAUUUGUCUAAUGUCAUUUUCAUGCAACCAGAAACAUAUUUUGUCGAAAUCCAUAUUUACACUGAGAAUUUCCUUAUUUUGCGUGUUGCUGUCUUCACAGGUAAAAAAGUCAUCAUAGUUAAAUCAAACAAUAAUAACAAAAACAGCAAAAUUAUUGAUACCAAUGUUAACAUCGAAUCGGUUAUUGAAGGUCUUAACUACGCAGUUUUCAGCAUCGAGCGGGAAGAUACAUUUUUCCAAUUCGAAUAA